CUGUGUUUGUUUACAUCAUUGUGUGUUCUUGCUUCCUCAUCCUCGGGAAUUCGGAGUGGAGAGACUCUGGUUCGGGUGUGGGAAGUUGUAUUGUUUAUGAAGAGAAGGGAAGAUUUGAGAUAGUUUUCCGUAUUGUUUGGAAUGAAAUAUGGAGUAUUCGAAAGAGAAGGUCUUGUCGCUUAUUAAGGAGAAGGAUAACGUCGAGCAAAAUAUCAAGGAGUAUUGGGAUAUUUUGAAGACCAAUAAUGUGGGAAUGAAUGAUCCAUUGAUUGAUCAUGAAGGCUACCCAAGAUCCGAUAUUGAUGUCUAUCAAGUACGUCAUGCGAGACACCAAAUCAAAUGUCUUCAAAAUGACCACACAGCUCUCCUGAAACAGAUUGAGGAAGGGCUUGUUGCAGUCCACAGUCAGGCACGCACUGCAGAGGCUGAUCCCAAUGGUGUGAACGUCCCUCCUCCACAGCCUAAUUUCGAGCCUUUUGCUAAAGUUGACCAUGUGACGCUAGGAUCUCCAGCGCAUAUAGCGGGCCUACAGGAAGGGGACCAGAUCGGAAAGUUUGGAUCGGUUGUUAGCAGCAACUUCCGCAACAUGACCAACAUUGCAGAAAUUGUGAAUCACUCGGUGAACUCCACAAUUCAGGUCAUAGUCCAAAGAGAAGAGCAGAGUGUGACUUUGUCCCUUACUCCACGACCAUGGUCUGGUAGAGGACUUCUAGGCUGCAACAUCAUCCCCAUUGAAAGAUUGGAUCGAUAAGAACCAAAUAAAAGAAAAAGAUAUGCAAACUGUUUACCGGAGAUGCUUUGAUCAGUUCCCAGCUACAGUUAGCAGGUAGCUCUUUGCUGAUGGGAGUUCACACACUGGGACAGUGACACCACCUACGACCAUAUGAACCAUUGGUUUGAAUAACUUGGUGCGACUGCUCAUAAUGCUUGCACCUCAUCAGAAUCUGCAAUCUAUUCAACUACUAAGCUGAACUAUGAUUAAUAGUAAGGACGGCCUAGCACUUUGUUUUUAGGGCUCGAUAGGCAUAGGGAAAGUAAUUUACUAAGAAAUGUGAAGUGGUUAGGUUAAUUUUUACACAGGCAAAGUAUCACAGCAAGCUAAUGGUUAUGUAGCUGGUAGUUAGGUAAUCUUAAAAUACCUACAGGAUCUGACAAAAGCCUUUCAUUAUAUCACUGCAACCAACUCUAUCAUGUCUCUAGCUGUCAAGUUGGAUGAAAAUUCAGUACAAUUGUUCAACAGAAGAUUUCUCCUUUGGUUUUCAGUAAGAUAGUUGCUAAAAUGAGAUAAUACUUGGUAUAAAUUUAAAAUCGGAUUGACAAAGUGGCUUACCGUAUUAACUUAUAUAUAUCUUAUACUUCCAAAUUAUUCUUUCACAGCACCUAAUCUUCCUUAGCUGUAUGUGUAAGCAAAAAGAUUUAUGUGUUAUGUCAUGGUAGAUCAAGGUUUCUUUCUGUCUCUACUGUAGCCCUUCUUGGGUUUCAUGUAUUUUAAUGUAGACAUACAUCAGUUUCCUGUCACAGGAAACUAGGGAGUAUGCCUCUUGUUUGUAAAAAAAAAUGAUCCCUUUCCUUUUUGAUAAUGUAAUUCUAUGUCUUCGUCUCCAUGUAAACUAAGAAAAAAAAACAAUAACUCAUUUACAUCAUUUUUAAAGGAUAGUAAAAAUACAACAGCAUGUGGAACUGUUAUGAGAACUGUUUUAUUUUAACUAGAAUGAAUGGACAGAACACUGGUAACAUAGAGAAAGCCAAAAAAAGGUUUUGAAACAAGUUUUGGUAAUGGGAAAAUAAGAUUUAAGCUAGAAUAAGCCCGUAUCCCACCGAGACAUUUUUUUCCCUCUCAAUCAUAAAAUAUUGAGUCAAAUCACACUUUUACUUCAUUUGGUUAUUAGAUCCGUUGUUGUCACUCCUAAGAAAACCACAUAUAUUGUGUUUUUUAUAUAUCAUAAAUCAAGAAAUACUACAAGCUAAUUAAUCCUGCAGAGUAUAAGCAAUUUAAAAACUGUUUAAGCAUUAUGGUGAGCUAAGAAUAUAUCACUAUGUUCUAUUUAUUUUCGUAGGCUAAUAUCAAUGGUAUCACAUACAAUAGCAAGUUUGAUGAACAAUAAAACGAAACUUAAAUGUGAAAAGCUAAA